AUCGUUUCACUAUCUCGGAGCAUCAAAGCAUAAAACAAAGUAUUUGAGGUGAGUUCGAUAAAUACAUUUUUUGUGUGUUUGUUUUUAAAACAAAAAAUGUACAGAUAAUGACAGCGAGAAGUCGAACGAAUGUUUUUUGUAAGCUUAUAAACUCUCGGAAACAAAUGAAUAAAAAAUCUCGGAAUGAGUAACCUGUUUGAUAUAUAAUUACAAAUGAAAUAUUUGUAAGAACCAACUGCUUGCUGACGUAAGCACGGAUUUUUUAUGUCCAUUAUAAAAUCGCUUGUAUUAAAAGAUUAAUGACAGAGAUUUCUCCGAUAAUAUUCUCAUCAAUAUUAUUUUGCAUCUGAAUUCAAACAAUCCCGAUUUGCGAAUUCAUGUUCAAUCAUCAGAUUUGAUGUUAGUGAAAUAAAUUGUUGUAAACGUUGUUAUCGAAAGGUUUUUACUGAUUAUUUAAAUAAUAAGACUGCCAAAACUUGCGAAAUGAAGUUUGAGACUGUAAUAUAUUUACAUUUGUUUUUCAAAUAAGUUUUUUGAAAAUAAUGAAUUGCUUGCGUCAUAGAAAUAAAAAAAAUUAUUAAUGUGAUUCGACCGACUCUUGUGGACAAUCGAAAUUUUCUUUCUUUAAAAAAUAAACUGAAGAGAUAAAUAACAUAAUCACGACUCUUGCUAUUCGGAUUGGAAUCGAGACUAGAUUGAAAGCUCGCAGAUAUCUCCGAUGUUAACAAUAAACAUUCUGCGACAUCAAGAUUAUCAGACGAAGAGCGUAAAAAUAGCGAUCGCGCCCCUCGCCCGAUCCCUUCUUGCCAGGCGCUUGAUGAUGAAUGUAAAAAAAAUAUUAAUGUGUCACGGGGAUCGGAUGAACGGACGCGCGGCCGGCGGCGCUUGUAUUUGAUUAAUAAAGUGGCCGCAAAAGAGUACACUCUCUGGACAAGUGUAGUCCAGGCGCGUUAUCAGCGAUAUCAGCUGCCAGAGCAGAGACAAACGGACGGAAGACUGUCAACGAGCGUUGGUUGGGCAAUUAUUAUCGAAAGUCGACAAACGACGAGUUUACGUAUGCUCCGUGACGCACGCUUCUCUCGAACGAACAUUCCCCAAACAGUCAUCGACAGAUCCGCGGACCGACUGAUAUAUCAAACGCGCGCGCGCGCGCUUCUAAAUUAAUAUCUCCGUUUGUGAUCGCGAGUGUAAGUAUCCUCAAGCAUCGCAAAAACGUGCGUGUUUUAAUUGCCAGUAAAAAAACAAAAUGUGGUGCUUUGAACAACUUCUGCGGUAAUGCCAACUUCAGAAUUAACGCUUAAGCGAAAUUAUGGUUCUUAUAAUCGCGUUGGUGUUCGCUCCAAUUCAGUUCAUCCUCUGCCUGCUUUGUGCAGAGGUGACGACUGCCACACCUUCGAACUCGAGCAAUCCCAUAUCGACGGAGAGUAUCGCGACCACAAGAGAUAACCUUGGUUUUAGGGAAUCUCCUGCGAGUUCCGCUAUUGACAAUACGACGGAAAGUCCCAUAGAAUCCAAGAUCGCUACUUACGAACUUCUCGGGACUGUCUUCACCGAUAGAUUCUCAUCUUUGAAUACCGAUCAAACGUCCGCAAGUAGUCUCGCUGAGACUACGAAUCAUGAAUCCACGAUCAGCACCUAUGAAUCUAUCACUAAACUUCUAAUGACUGAUGUUUAUGUCGAUGACGAAUCCUCGUCUCCUUCGACCACCGAUCAGACAAGAUCGGAAGGGACUACUGUCGACAAUGUGACAGCAAGCACCACCACAACAACUGAUUCAAUGAUCUGCGAUCCAACGUGGCCAGUGAACGCGAGCGUGGAUACAAGAGAGAUAGUUGAAUUGUGGAUAGACAGUAUAGGCACAGAAUGGAUCGCUCUCUCAUGGAAAUCCCCGUGUGACAACGACGCGAUAAACGCCUCGAUAAUAUACUCGGUCGAAAGAUGCGACGACAAAAACUUUUGCAAUCAAAAGAACGAAACUAACACGUGGCACAACGCCACCGAUCUCGAUUUGUGUACGCAAUACACGUUCACUGUGAAAAUUCUGACGGACUUCUGGGAAUCUGAUGGCAUCAAUAAAUCAGCGUCAACAAACAGUACUAUUCCUUCGGUAGACAAUGUGGUCGAUCUGAAUGUUCACAAUGUCAGCGUAAACGUUAUUGAAUUGGUUUGGCAAGCGCCCGCGAAUUACGCAAAAUGCAUCUCCAAUUAUUUGAUUAAUCAGUGCAAUGAGACCUCUUGCAGUGAAAUUACAGUUACGGCCACGAAUUACACCGCCAACGAUCUCGAACCGUGUACGGAGUAUAAUUUUACUGUUAAAACGGUAACACCAACCGUAGAAUCCACCGGUGAAGUAAAGACUGUGAGAACAACUUCACCGAAAUUAUCAAAACCGGAACGUUGCGAAAUAAUACCAGGAAAUUUUUCGUUGAUUGUUACGUGGGAGCCGAUACCUGAUAUUUGCCUUAAACAUUAUCACAUAUCCGUAGACAAAUUUACUAAAAAUACGACGGAAACGCGGAUCGUAGUUCCGAAUCUACAUGCUUGUAUGGAUUAUCAAGUGUCGAUCAGUGCUUUUAAUAAAGACGAUGUAGAAGGAGAUACGCUUGUCGACAAUAACACUACAUUGAAAUACAAAACGCGUCCACCGAAACUGACAGAUCCGGGAAUCCAGCCAUACGAGACUAACUUAACGACAUACUGGAUCAUUGAAAAAGAAAACAAUUACUGCGAAUUAAAUUCCCUGAUAGUUACGUGCAAUUACACAGAAAUACAUGGGAAAAGACAUUGUCAUUCCAAUAAUGUGUUCAGGAAAGAAUUGGACCCAAACUCAGCUUCGGAUAAAGUUGUCUUCGAAAGUGUAACUGUAACCGGUCUGAGUCCUUUUACGAAUUACACUUGUCAGGCAUUUACUUAUAAUAGUGGAGGAUUAAGCAACAAGAGCAAGGUCAAUGCUACAACAUUAGAAGACGUACCAGAUCCGCCUAACUCUCUCGCCUUCUAUGACGUCACAGACUCACAAUUUUCUUUGAAUUGGAAAGAACCGGAAUGUCCGCACGGUAACUUGCAAGAAUUUCAAGUCAAAAUCACUUGGAGAAAAUAUUAUCCCAUUCCGAAGUGGUGCGCUGAAGAAGAAAGUGGCACUGUAUUAUCUGAACCGAUUGAUGCUAGUACAUUUAAUUAUACUUAUCUCAACGCAACAGCAUUUACACAUUACGAAGUUCAAGUAAAAGCGAGAACAGGAGCGGAAAUAAAAAAUGGUUGGGGCUCUUAUAGCAAAUCUAAACACAGUCCAACAAAUCCCGGAGUUCCAAAAGCAGUCACGAGAUUCAAUUCUUCGUCGAUUAUUAUCAAACCAAAUUUAGAAAAUCCAGACGUAUUAGACACGAUUCUAACAUGGGGAUUGCCGUGUUCUUUAAAUGGAGAGCUCGAAGAAUUCGAAGUGUCAGUUCACGGCAUCAGAGAGGGAUUUGCACCUCAUUCCUUUUCCAUUAGUCACAAAUGUGAGGAGUACAUCGAUAACAAUCACAUGUGUUUGUUAAAUCUUGAAGAACUGAGAGGAGAGUAUAAUUAUAGCUUUACAAUAUCCGCCAAAGUUAAGAAUGUCGAUGCUUUCGGAGAACCAACGGUGGUCAAAAACGUACAAUAUCCCGCUGGCAUACCAUUGCAACCCGACAAAAAUUACAUCGACAAAAUUACCAUAGAUCCGUAUAAGAUGCUCAGAUCCACGACAACGGCUACUGUUUUGCUGCCCCUGUUUACCAAUGAAACCGGCAACAUCAGAUAUUACGCGAUUAUGGUAUCGAAGAUGGGGAAUAACAAACCGAUAAGUACGCGAUUCGAUCUAAAGAGCAAGAUCUGGCCAAACGCGUCAUCCUGGGAAGAAGCGAUGAUGAACGAUUUUUCGAUACCGUAUCAAGCGACGCUGAGAAAUUGGGAUCCUUAUAGUUCGAAGAACGUUGACGAUUAUGGCAACAUACAAGUCGUCAAGUACACGAUUGGCGAGGAUGCAACGUGCAAGAGCAUGAAGAAAAGAUAUUGUAACGGCCCGCUCAAGCCGGACACGUGGUAUCACGUGAGAAUGCGAGCGUUUACUUUCGGCGGUUACAGCGAUUCGGAUUAUUUCGUAGUAAGAACGAAUGCCGAACUGAAUGUCGUCCUUGUCAUCGGAGCUGUCUUCGGUAUUCUCCUCACGGGAAUACUGGUGACGAUGAUGCUGCUCGUACGAAAAUGCUCGCCAUAUCUGGUGUUGCGAAGAUUUUUGCAUUCUGACAUGCCCGGCUCACCUGUGCCCGCGCCGUUCACACGGAAAAAAUUCAUCAGCCAUUGUCAGCAAUUGAUCGACAAUCCCGGAAAGCUGAGCAAUGAAUUUCGACUGCUUCAAACUCUCAGCGUCGAUCUGCAAAUGCCCACAAAUACGGCCUGCUUACAGGCUAACCGAAAAAAAAAUCGCUAUUCCGAUAUUUUACCUUAUGAUUUCUCAAGAGUGAAGUUGGAGGUAAUAGAUAACGAUCCUAACACAGAUUACAUCAAUGCAUCAUUUAUAAAGGGAUAUACGGGAGAAGACGAGUACAUAGCUUGUCAGGGUCCAAAGGAGGAAACGACUUAUGAUUUUUGGCGAAUGGUCGAUCAAUACAAUAUCAACAUCAUAGUUAUGUUGACACAGUUGGUUGAGAAAGGCAAAGAGAAAUGUCAUCAGUACUAUCCGGCAAUUAGGGAAACCUUCCGAUACGAAAACAUGACGAUACGAUGUACGAGCGAAUUGGAUUUCAGGACACACACUCAAAGAACGCUAGUGUUGCAAAAGGAAAAGGAGAAAAGAAGCAUCACUCACUUGCACUUUAAAGACUGGCCUGAUCACGAUGUUCCGGAGGAUUUCGAUGCAAUGAUACAUUUUUGUCAAAUUAUGCGUCGUAAUAUCAGCGCUAAUAAAGGCUUUAUAGUAGUUCACUGCAGCGCAGGAAUUGGUAGAACAGGAACAUUAAUAGCGAUUGAUAUUCUUCUGCAACAUCUUAGGGAUAACAGAAAAUUAGAUGUAUUUGGAACUGUAUAUAGAUUGCGACAUCAUAGAAUAAAUAUGGUGCAGAGAGAAAGUCAAUACGCUUAUAUAUAUAAUUGUAUAAAGCAAGUACUCAAGAAUCCUUAUUUCUUAAAAACUUAUAAACCGCCACCGGUAGAGCCGAUAUAUGAGAAUGUCCCUAAGAAAACCAAAGAUGCAACAAAUUCGGACAUAAAUCUAGUCAACAACUCAGAAUUGUUACCUAAAAAAUAUAAUAGUUUCAUAUCUAUGGAGUCUCUAUCUAUGGAAUCAAUUUACAAUCUCUUUUCUUGGUCAAAACCUCAAAGAAGAAUGAAUAGCGGUUUGAGACACUACAAAUCUAUGAGUGCCAUACAUACAACAACUCAUCCUGUUACUGCAGAACAAUUCCAAACUCUGGACUGUAUCUAUUCCACACAUUUUUCUAAGGAUGUCUUCACUGAAUCAGUAGAAGAUUCACCAAAUACAUCGAAUAGAGAAAGUUUACUACAGGAAAGUAUUCCAUUAUUAAUUUCAAAUCAAUCGACUGAUGUGCUUGAGAAUAGCACGCAAUGUGCAACAAAUGAUAAAGAGUUAUUAAAACCUACCGAGCAUACAAUGAUGCGUAUCUUUACUGAUACCACGGUUGUAUAAAAAAUCUGCGUUUUUUUAGACAUGUGAAAGAGAUGAUUGAAUUCUAUAAUUUAGUGCAUUAAAUUAAUCAAAAAAUACAUAGAUAUUUGAGAAAAACUGUAAAUAUAUAUAAAAGAUUGAAAACAAAUUUACAUUUACUUGCUAGGAUAAAAUCGAUGAUUUACUUGUCGUGUCUUAUUGUUUAUAAAACUAUAAAUUGUACGAGAGUAUCCCCUCAUAAGAGUGUAUAUACUACCAGAGUGUACUAUACAUGUGAUAUUAAAUAUAACAUGUGCUUACACACAUUGUUACCUGAUUAAAUCUUAAAUAGCUAAUUAAUACACAUAUAAACGAAAUAAUUGUACAUAUAUGCUUACACAAUUUUCUUAUGUUUUAAAUAUUUAUUUGAAAUGUACAUGAUACGAUAUGUAAUAGAAUAUUUGACACACUGA